AUGGCUAGUUCCAACAUUAGUAAUGAAUCAAUUAAUGUUGACAGUACUGAAGGUACUGAAGAACAAGACCAAAUGAUGCAUGAACACAUUCAAGAUGUUCAAGGUCAUGAUCAAGGAACGAAAGUUGAUAUGAUUAAUGAGGAUAUGGAGCAAUCAAUUCAAGGCAAGAAAAAACACACUUAUACAUGUGAAACUUGUAGUAAAGAUGGUUAUCAUAGAUCUCGUUGCCCUAAUCGUAUAAUAUGA